AUGGCUUCCUCCAUAUCCGAGGCUCAGGCAGAGCUGAUCAACUCGCUCUCACCCGACGACAUUCCCCUGAAGUUGCGUUGCGCCAUCUGCAGCAAACUCGCCGUGAACGCCUUUCGACUGCCAUGCUGCGAGCAGGCCAUCUGCGAGACAUGUCAAUCCAGCAUCCCUCAGUCGUGCCCGGUCUGUGAGCACUCCCCUCUCGCCGCCGACGACUGCAAUCCAAACAAGUCUCUCCGCACGACCAUUCGUGUCUUCCUUCGUACCGCCGAGAAGAAGAGAGAGGCGAGUCGGCCGAAGGAGGAGCAGGAGGCGGCGCCCGUGGCCCCGGCCGAACCAUCGAAACCGGCACUCGCCGGUACCGAACCUGCUCCUGACGGUCCGGCAUCCAGACAGGAUACCAGCGCCGGACCGGUCUCGCAAGCGGAGGCCCCUCCGCUCGAACGAGACGGUGCGACGCAGGCCGGUGAUUCGGCCCCCGUCGCGGCGGAGGAUACUAACCGGCGAUCCUCCCAGCAACUUGGUGACCCGCACGUGUCCGGUCCGGCAGGCGAGCAGGUCCAUGAGCCUUCUGGCCCACAAGCUCCCCAGCAUGACGGGCACGUUGGCUCGCAAAAUGGCAGCGGUGAGACAUCGGCGGAUCAGCAGGCUGUCGACGCGCCUCAGGAUUUCGAGCAGGCCGAAGGCAGCGAGGAAGUCGGCGGCAGCGGCUACGACGCGAACCCCAUGAACGGUGGCUUUCCGAACAUGAUGCUCUCCGGCGGUGGUGACUUCAACCAGAUGCAGAUGAUGAUGGCGAUGCAGAAUGGCAUGGGCAACGGCUCAUUCGGCAACUUCCCCAUGAUGGGCGCAAUGGGGAUGGACCCAAUGGCGAUGCAGAACAUGUACAUGAACGGUGGCUUUCAAGGCAUGGGCAUGAACGGCAUGGGGGGCUUCGGAGGAGGUUUCGGACAAGGCUCCAAUAAUAACUGGAACGGGUCGCAGUCGUGGGGUUUCGACCAGAAUAAUUACAAUCAAAGUGGUCCCGGCAUGGGAACCGGUGAUUUUGGCAACUUUAACUCGGGGUUUCAAGCUGGAUACAAUCAGAACAUUUAUGGUCAGUUCCAUGAUCGUCGAAACAACUUUGGCCGCGGCCGAGGUCGGGCUCGUGGCUUCUACGGCGGGUACGGCGGCCGAGGAGGAUACUAUCAGCAUGGCGCCAUGGCCAACAACCAGGAUCAAGGCCAUUUCUCGCAGCAGGCACCGGCCGGCCAGGCUCAACAAGGACACGUCGAAGCAACCGUUGGGGACGUCAAGCAGGUGGAGGGCGCCAUCCCAGCAUCGUCUGGAGACGGGGAGGCGCUGGCCAAGGGACAGGACUCUGGAGAGGGUGGAGACGUGGAUGGCGCGCAGGUCAAGCCAAGCGAACAAAGCUCGCGUGAGACCCAGGCUGCCGCUCCCGCCGGCGCCGUGCCCCGUGGCAACGAGGCCGGGCUGAUCCGCUCCGUCUUGUCGGCACCCGACGUGCCCAUCAACGCGCCGACAGGACCCAAGGCCAUGAGGCAGGGGCUGCCAAACACCAGCCUUCACAACCUUCGAGCUCGCGGCUACCAAGUGGGCGGCGCGCCACCACCCCCGAGCGCUCCGGCAGCCGGGGCGGCGCAGAAGGACGCGGCAGGUAAAGGUUCGGCCGCCCGGAGUAGAUCCCGCUCCCGAUCCCGAUGCCAUGAUGGUGGGGCUGAAAAGACCGCUGCUUCUCUCCGUGACCACAGUCGAGAACGUCCCCCCGGUCACGAUGUGCAAGUCGGCGAAGUCCAUGAUGGCCGAGACCAGGACGGCGAUCUUCCGCGCGCCGAGCCGCGCGGCGAUAACAGGAGCCCUAGACGCGGUCGCAGCCGAAGCCGAAGCCGUAGCCGUGGCCGCCGAAACUCGCAGCGGCAAGGAAGACAGCGUUCCCCGUCGGUGAACGGCGACGAGGACAACGACGGCCACCGGCGCAAGCGGCGCAGGAGCAGCCGGAAGGAGCAUGAGGAUGGCGAUCGCGAGCGGCCGAACAACGACAACGACAAGCGCGGGUCCAGGUCGCGCUCGGCCUCGGCUGACGAAUCGAAGAGGUCCAACUACCGCGACCGCAAAGAUGAAGAGCGCGACGGUCGCAGAGACCGAGAUCGAGAUCGAGAUCGAGAAAAGGAUCGAGAUAAGGAUCGCGACAAGGACAAGGAGCGAGAUAGGCACCGCGAGCGAGACGAGGACCGCACCAAGUCGAGCAACCGGUCGCACCGUGAUCGCGGCCGUGAUCGUGACCGAGACCGCGGCCGCAAUCGUCCUCCCGAACGCGCACGGCGUCGCGGAAGGGAUAGGAUCCGCGACAGGGAGCGCAGGGAGCGCAAGGUGCGGCAGAGGGAGCGGGAUCGCGAGAGGGGCCAGCCCGGCGGCGGCGGGAGGGCGCCGUCGGUGAACGGCAGAUCGACGACGGGCGACAAGGGGCAUGACCCGCCCGGCGGUCCCCGUGGCCCCGACGCCAAGGGCGCCAACUCGCACGGCCGACGCGAUUCCCGCGGCAGCAACGGCAAGGUCGGCACUUCCAAGGACGCGCACACUCUCGAGCGCGAGGCGCGCAACCGAGAGCGACUGCUGAAGGAGGCGCAACGGAUGGCGCUGGCCAGCAAGACGGGCUCGAAGCGUGGUCGCGAAGACGGCGGCGACGGCGGCGGCGGCGGUAGCGGCGGCGGUGAUGGUGGAGGUGGUGGUGGAAGUGGUGGUGGAAGUGGUGGUGGAAGUGGCGGUGGUGGUGGUGGUGGUGGUGGUGGUGGUGGUGGUGGUGGACGGAGGAGCCGCAGAUCAGGCCGACGCAACGAGGGUAGAGAAGGGGAUGGUGAAGAUCGCAUGCGCCGGCUUGAGGCAGAUCGCGAGGGCGGUCGAUGGGGAUAG